GGGUUUACUUUUACCAAUAAGCACCUUACUUUAUUCAUUUUCAUUUAUUUGGGUUUCAAAAUAUUCAACGUUACGAAUAUCGUCGUCGACGCUACAAAACACAACACAGCACAAACACGUCAUGCCAUCUGCGGAUUUUGAAGUAAAAGCUGAAUUAGCGGAAGCAUUGGGUUUGCUAUUUGAAGAAAAAAUGGGAGCGGUUUGUUCAGCUGGCAUGGCUGAGGGCAAUGCUGAGCUGCGAGGGAAGAAUACUUUGGGGUUUUCUGGGAAGCUUAAGAAGGAAGAUAGCUUUAUCAACAAAAAGUCAGAAACUUUUUCAGAUUCAAGGAGUAAUAGUCGUGGUAAAAAGCAAAAGAAGCAGGUCGCUGAUUUUUCCGGCGAACUCAAAUCCUCCAGUCCCGCUCCAAAAGGGGCAAAACAGUUCAUCCACAGGGGCUCUUUUCUGGGAAGAGCUAGUGAGAAGGCCGUUGAUGUUCUAGACUCACUUGGGAGUGGCAUGCCAAAGUUAAACACCAACAGCGGGUUUGCCUCUGGAAUGGCUUCUAGAGGCAAAAGAAUAUCUAUAUUGGCUUUUGAAGUAGCUAAUACAAUAACCAAAGGGUCAAUUCUGUUUCAAUCACUUUCUGAAGAGAACAUUCAGUUCCUUAAAAAGGAGAUUCUACAAUCAAAAGGAGUUCAACAAUUAGUUUCAACUGAUAUGACUGAGUUAAUUAAUCUUGCUGCGGCUGACAAAAGGGAUGAGCUUUGUGGUUUCUCACGGGAAGUAGCAAGAUUUGGAAAUAUGUGUAAAGAUCCGCAGUGGCACAAUCUAGAUCGAUAUUUCUCAAGAUUAGACUUGGACCAUGCCUUGGGUGAUAUGCAAUCCAAGGUAGAGGCAGAAAAGACAAUGCAGGAGAUUACCAGUCUAGCUCAGCAGACUUCUGAAUUGUACCAUGAAUUAAAUGCUUAUGACCGUUUUGAACAAGAUUAUCAGCAAAAGAUUAAGGAAAUGGAGUCCUUAAAUCUUCCUUUAAAAGGUGAGGGUAUCACGUUUUUUCAAAGUGAGCUAAAGCAUCAAAGAAAGAUUGUGAGGAGCUUGAAAAAGAAGUCUCUUUGGUCCAGAAACAUGGAAGAGAUAGUUGAAAAGCUUGUUGAUAUCGUUACCUAUAUGCAUCAAACUAUUCAUGAGUUCCUCGGAAACAACGGUACAGCUGCUGCCGAUAACUAUAGUAAAGGGUCUCAAAGACUGGGCGAAGCUGGUCUUGCACUGCACUAUGCUAAUAUCAUCAAUCAGAUAAAUAUGAUUGCUUCUCGCCCAACAGCUCUUCCCCCAAAUACAAGGGACACGUUAUAUCAUGGUUUGCCUAAUAAUAUCAAGAGUUCUCUUCCCUCUCGGUUGCAAUCCAUUGAUGUCACAAAAGAGCUGCCGAUCACUCAGAUUAAAGCCGAAAUGGAUAAGACUCUUCAAUGCCUUCUUCCAUUUGCCACAAAUACUAUCAAAGCACAUCAAGGUUUUGGAUGGAUCGGUGAAUGGGCAAACACAAGUGGUAACGAUUUUGGUGAGAGUACACCCGCUGAAAGUAGUAAGCUGAUGCGCAUCCAGACACUCUAUUAUGCUGAUAAGCAUAAAAUCGAUAAUUACAUCGUUGAAUUGUUGGCAUGGCUUCACCAUCUGAUAAGCUUUGUAAGAUCCAGACAGAAUACCCUGAAGCAAAUGCCUAUGCGAUCUCCUCCAAAAGGGAGAUUCCAGCCCAAGAUGCUUGAGUUCCUUUCCCCAGACGGCAGUGGCAACAAGACGUUGGGACGUGAAGUCUCUGAAGAGGAUAGGAGGUUGUUAGAGGAGGUGAUUACAAGGAGGAGCCGUCCUGGAAUUAGCAAAAGCAUGGAUUUUGAUGCUCCAAAGAAAAGAGAAUCAAGAAGAGAUCGGUACAUGGCCAAAAGCGCUAGCAGUUCGCCUGUCAAGGAGUUCUUGGGUACGGGUAUGGGUACGAGACUCGGCUCAGAGCAACAAAACUACAACGUUUUGGAUAUCAUGGAUGGAUUAGGAUACCGAGACCUUUCAUUCUGAAUUCAUUUCUUCUCUUCCUCUUGCUGGCGUUGCUAGUCCAGUUUCUUUCUUGCUAUAUAGCAUUUCAUCAUUCAUUUCUUCAUCCUUAAUUUAUAUGUAUAUAUCAUUAUAAGUAACUAACCCCAGAUCUUCUUAGUUCUCAAAUUUGUUUUGUACAGCAAAAUAGAAGUAUAACUAGAUUGUUCGACAAUUCUUUGGUGGGUGAAUGUAUCGUCCUACAAUUUAUAGCAGCAUAUGAGAAUGAGUAAAAUGCAUUUAUGACUGAAUUUUCUAUAAAGGUCAUUUAUGACUCAA